AUGGAAAAUAGCAUCCAACAAACGACAGUUUCGCCGGGCGGGCCGGGUAACGAGCCCGUUCACGACAACCCCGUCGCCGUCGAGCUGGGCAUCGCGCCCAACCACGGCGGAGAGGUCGUGACCGAGUCCGCGUCGGCCACCAAGUUGACCCUCGACCUCGCUCAAGAGACCAACGAGCUCGCUGCACUCCCGAAGGGACGCAAGUCGGUCCUCCUCCUCUGCUUUUGCCUGUCCAUGUUCAUCGACGCGUCCGGCGCGGCAGCGGGCCAGCUGCUCACCGAGCCGAUCGCAAAGGACCUGCACAUCAGCCUCGGGAACACGCCGUGGGUGAUCGGAACGUACUCGCUCGCGUUUGCCAGCACGCUCCUGUUCGCUGGCCGUGUGGCGGACCUGUACUCCCCCGCCAGGCUGUACACUUUCGGCUUUCUCACCAGCGGGAUCCUGUACCUCGCCAUCUCGUUCGUGCACAACCAGUACGCUUUCUUCGUCCUUCGUGCGCUUAAGGGUGUGCUCGCGGUGCUUACCAUCCCGUCGUCGAUCAACAUGAUCAUCCAAAUGUACCCCGACCCCGAGGAGCAGGGCAAGAAGCUCGCACUCUUCGGCACGGCCGGCGCGCUUGCCAGUACCCUGUCCCUCAUUAUCGCGGGUGUCUUCAUGCUCGCGUCGUGGCGCUGGUGGUUUAGAUUCACCUCGUUCCUCGUCAUCCCGUUCUCCAUCCUCUCCUUCUGGCUGCUGCCCAAGACCCGCGCGGUCGCCGGUAACGUGUCGAGCGGGGACAAGUGGAAGCGCAUGGACCUCGGCGGCGUGUUCCUCCUCGGCGGCAUGCUCGUGUGCUUCAUCCUCAGCUUCACCCAGGCCACGACGUUUGGCUGGUCGAGCGCUCAGUUCAUCGCCCCGCUCGUCGUGUCGGCCGCGUUACUCCCCGUGUUUGUCGUGUACGAGCAGCGCAUGCCGCGCGGGUACACGCUGCUGCCUCAUGACAUUUGGAACUUCCCCAACAUUGGCCCUCUCAUCUUGCAGGCGCUUGCUCCGUUCGGAUGGUUCACGUGCAUGCAGCUCGGCCUCGCAACGUACUGGCAAGACGUGCUGCACGAGUCGGCGAUCCUCACGGCCGUACGCCUCCUGCCGUGGGGCAUUUCGUCCACCGCCGUGGGCUUUGCCUCGCAGUUCAUCCCAGCCAUUAUCGGCAAGCCGCGCCUCGCGCAGCCGAUCGCCUCGCUGCUCGCGUUUGGCGGGAGCAUGCUCGUCGCUUUCAGCGGCGGCGGCAAGGGCGUGGACUACUGGAAGUUCAUCUUCACGGGUGGCGUCAUUGGUGCUGCCGGCUGCAUGGUCGUCUUUGUCGGGAUUAACACGACUAUGAUCCAGUCGUUCCCUAUCGAGUUUGCUGGCAUUGGCGGCUCGUUCGCCAACGUCGUCUUCCAGGUCGGCGGCGUCGCGGCCAUUGCUAUCCAGAGUGGACUGCGCUCUGCCGGCGGCACCGAGGACGACUGGAAGGGAUACAAGUACGGGUACAUCUUUGUGUCGUGCUUUAUCCUCUUCACUGGGCUUGUGUUCGGCCUGUGGUUCCGGCCCGAGCAGCCCAAGCCGGCGGCGGAGGAGGCCUAG